AGAGAGAGAGAGACUGUCAGUGCAGUGUGAGGAGCAGCAGCAGCAGCAGCAGUAAUAGUAGAAGGCGGCCCGGGUCCCAUCUUCUAUCGUUUCCUCCCUGUAUUUCCUCUCACAGUAUCCCCCCCACCGCCUCUGUUUGCUCCCGUCUCCCCCCGUUGACGUCUCGGAGAAAUGUCCGCCAGACCGGGAUUCUACCGGCAGGAGCUGAACAAGACCGUGUGGGAGGUUCCCGAACGAUACCAGAACCUGACGCCGGUAGGCUCCGGAGCCUAUGGAUCGGUGUGUUCGGCAUAUGACGUGGUCUCAAGGCAGAAGGUCGCGGUGAAGAAACUCUCCCGGCCGUUUCAGUCCCUGAUCCACAGCCGCCGCUCGUACCGGGAACUCAGGCUGCUCAAGCACAUGAAACACGAGAACGUAAUAGGGCUGCUGGACGUCUUCACGCCUGCUGCAACAUUAGAAGACUUCAAUGAACUCUACCUGGUGACUAACCUGAUGGGAGCAGACCUCAAUAACAUCGUGAAAUUUCAGAGGUUGUCGGACGAGCAUGUGCAGUUCCUAAUUUACCAGCUCCUCCGCGGCCUCAAGUACAUCCAUUCAGCGGGAUUGAUCCACAGGGACCUCAAGCCAAGUAAUGUGGCGGUAAAUGAGGACUGUGAGCUGAGGAUUCUUGACUUUGGAUUGGCUCGGCAGACAGAUGACGAGAUGACAGGGUAUGUGGCGACUCGCUGGUAUCGAGCGCCGGAGAUCAUGCUGAACUGGAUGCACUACAAUCAAAAUGUUGAUAUUUGGUCAGUGGGCUGCAUUAUGGGGGAGCUACUGAAGGGGAAAGUCCUUUUUCCCGGCUCCGACUAUAUCGACCAGCUGAAGCGAAUCAUGGAGGUGGUUGGGACUCCGACACCUGAGUUGUUAAAGAAGAUCUGCUCUGAACACGCACAGAAGUACAUUCAGUCUCUGCCCUUCAUGCCCCAGCAGGACCUGGAAAAGAUCUUCAGAGGAGCAAAUCCACUAGCUGUUGAUCUUUUGAAGCGUAUGCUGGUGCUAGACUGUGAUGGGAGGAUCUCGGCCAGUGAGGCUCUGUCACACCCCUACUUCUCACAGUACCACGAUCCAGACGACGAGCCCGAGGCCCCGCUUUACGAUCAAACUCUGGAGAGCAAAGACCGAACUCUUGAAGAAUGGAAAGAGUUGGUGUUCGAAGAAGUGAACAGCUUCACAGCACCCGGCAACAAGACUGAUAGCCUUCAGGUGGAGCAGUGAACCUCCGUCUGCUGUGCCUCUACCCGGAGAAGGACAGAGGACUCUGUGAGCAGGAGAAGGGCUGUGGAGAGAGAACUCCUCCUGCUGGAAGGACAGUCUCCGCGGGAUGAGACGCACAGGUUUUUAAUUCACGUGGAGGCAUUUUGACAAAAGACAGACGGAUCGCUAUAGUGCAAAAAGUUGAUCCGUCCUAUGUUUCCUCCCGGUGAGGGCAAAAUGAGGAACAGUUUCGUCUCGACUACGACAGGGAGCACAGAGGACACGUGGAUUCAUACGAGGGAGUAACUUUCAAGAAAACUGAACCGUGUUUACAGACUGAAAGAAGGAUGUCGACGGAAGAACAAAAAAAAAAACGCACACUAGGAUUUCCAAAGUAACAACAACAAAAAACGCCAUCCAGACCCUCAUCACAACAUUACCAUAAGCAGCCACUGCUUACAUAGAUGAAAUCCAUGUCUGUAAACGACACAGAGCAGCUUCAGCCAGCAUACUACUGCAUGAUUUUUUGUGCAAUACCGAGUAUAUUACCAGUAUUGUACUAUAACCAUUAAGAAUGCUCAUUGCAUCUGCCACACCGGUAUUAAACCAGUAUACAGGUCAGAGAGAGAGGCAUUACCAGGAACGUGUCCAAAUUUGAACUUCUUUUUUUCUUUUUUGUAAUAAUUUCAACACAAUACAAAAAGCAAACAAAACACCGCCGUUCAUCCUCUCCUGCUUUCAGAAAGAGUAAACACCAACUGUGCGAUUAAUCAGCAAGGUAAUUGAUAUACGCCGAGGCUGGAACAGAACGACUAUGCUGCGGGUCCGUGUUUACAGUGUGGCCUCACUCCUCUUAUACGGUUUCCAACGAUUGCCAGAUUCUGAUCACCUGUUCGCCAAGUUUCCAUAGUUCUUUUGAGUCCGCGUGGAUUGAGUUCACAGUCAUUUCGAUCGCAGGUAUUUUGUUAACUGUGAGAAACAGUUCCCAGAAUGUGUAGCAGUGCUGGAUGAAAAAACAAACCUCCAUCCAAAAAAAAAGGCACUCACAUUGAGCAGCCAUAUUUAGCGAGUACUAUAGUUAUCUUUCAUGUUUCCUCAGCUUCUUUUCAGUUUUCACGAUGCCUGAGUAUUACAAAGGUCACUACCCAGAUUGUACACGUCCAUCACACUGUAGACCAUAGUAUUAAAGCAUCGGGGGCAUUCCCCACUUCACCGACUUCCCCACUGACGCUGCGUCAUUCCCCUUGCAGCAGACCUUGGAAUUUUACUUCUACAAACUUUCUGCUGAGGUAGAAAUAAUCUGGUUGGGUUAAACCACACUGCACAAUGCCAAGGGACCAAAGAGUCUGUGGGAUAACAUGUAUAAUAGGAAACAUUCUACAUAAAUUCACAAACUGAUGGUGAUCCAGUUUCCAAAUCCCACCUACACUCUACCCAAACUCUUUGAAAAAUUUCAAACUCAAAUUUGAACGCAUCAAACUGCAAACAGUACUUAAAACUGUCGACUCCUAUUAAAAGCAGCCUGCUAACUACAGUAUGGAAGAUGCAAAAUGUCAUCCGGGGAUUAAGUAGAUGCAGAUGCGAGAUUAACAGCAGAACAAGAAGUGAAGUGGAGGGGUUCAUUAACUGAUGGCAGCUGACAUUUUUGAGAGAUAAAAGGGUCAUAAAUCAGGAGCGGACAUUAAUCUGGUUUAUGUCCGGAGGCCGAAGACGUAUUCUUUAAAGUGAAGCUGUAACUGACCAACUAAUGACCAGCAUCAGCUAAAGUAGCUCUUUCUGCCAUUGCAAUCAGCUUGAGAUUGCACGAUCGUUUAGUUAUCACUCAGAAAUAUUGCCAUUUUUUAGCCUCUUUGCAUCAAAAUUUACACAAUGCAUAGUAAAACGCAUUUAAUUUUUAGCAGUCAGACUUUUUCAUGUGCUAAAUGAGCCAAAAAUAAAUAAAUAAAGGCAUCUAAUCGAUAGUUUUAGGUUAGUAUGCAAUGAAAUAUAAGAACAUUAUAAAAUUCCAAACCAAGCCUUCUUGGGAGUAAUCAGCAGUCACUCAUGAGCAAAUAAUAGGAUUCCAUGUGUGCACCAAAGUUUUCAUGAAAGGCGAAAACUUGAGGCGCUUGAGAGAUGUAAUAAUUGACAUAUGUCACAAAACAGAGAUAAAACCGGUAACUCCUCCUCGCGCUCAGAAAGGCAUCUUGCGUCGUGUUCGUGUGCACCUCCCGACAAAAAAUGGUGAAUAAAAGUGUGCCGUUACACGGCAGAAAAUGUAUUCGUGCACUCAAGCUUAAGGUCCGGUUUGCUGCGCAUAUGAGGAAAAAACCGCAAAAUAAUAAUGUCAGUUGAAAGGGAAUUUCACAGACAUGAGUCAGAUACCAGUUUCAGGAGAUGAAAAGCGGGUAAACUAAAUACUAUUAUCUACUGGCAACAGUAGCUGUUUGGGCCAGCUAAAUAGCUGCAGCCAGUUCUGAUUAAAACCCAGUUCGCUAGGUUCAAUCAAGUUGUAUUUUGACAGUGCAGUGCUUUGGCCCACACUCAAGUUUAACUCAAUGAAUUAGAUUAUUUCUACCUCAAAAACAUACAAUUACAACAGAAAUAUAUAUUAUAUUACAUAUUCGGGAUUUUUUCCCCCCAUAAUGGUUCACACUGGAUUGGUACAUGUAGCCUUUUGUGCAAGUUGUCCACUAACACUGGAUGCAAAAUGUUACAGUCCAAAUGAACUGAAACUGUCUUAGUCAAAGCGUGUCAGAGCUCUGAAUGUUAACGUGUCACGUGCUUAUGUGGGUGUUGUACAUGUGAUGGAUUUGAAUAGUAAACCGCAAACUGAAUGUAUAUGUAUACUGUAUGUAUGUAUAUGUAUGAAUGUAUGUUACAGGUUUCGAAGUGUCUUUUGAAUACGUGGUGGCAUGUGAUUCGGCUGUAGCCAUGAGUUUCAAAUCCCCUAAACUGAAUGUCGGCUCUGGAUUUUCAAGUAGUUCAGAUGAUUUUCUCGCUCAUCGUUAACAGGUAAGGUGACUUGGCAAAUCUUUGCUCCAACGGAAUAAACACCGUCAUUUCUGUUUCUCAGUA